UUUUUAAUAAACAGGAACACUAGUAAGCUACUAAAAACACUGCAAGUAGAUGUAGUAGUAGUAGGUAUUUAUUGUUAGCUGCAACAAGAUGUCGGGGCCGGCCUACACUCAAUACGCAAACUUACCCCCAGGAUGGGAAAUGCGAUUCAAUACACAAUACCAGCGAUAUUUCUACAUCAAUCACAAUACCAAGAAGACUCAGUGGGAACCUCCACAAUGGGAGCCAGCAGAUUCUACCUCACACCAAUCUGCUUCAACAAUCCUGAAUCAACCAAACCAAGAAUCAACAAGUACUCGAUUAGAUAACCAACAAGUUGAAAUUCCAUUACACUCUUUGGAUGCUAAUGGACAUUUCCAGAGCAAUGAGCAAGAAACUGAGACAAUUAUUGACAAAGAAGAAAUGUUAAACCAAUUGAAGGCACAGUUUCCAAGUUGCAAAGGGUUCAUAAUCAAAAAUAUACUGCAAAAUAAGAGAUACAACAUGGGAGAUGCUGCUAGUGAGCUGGUGCUACGAGGUUAUCGUAAGAUAAUACCUCCUCCCAAUGGCCUACAGACACUGAAAUACGCUUUUCCACAUGUCGAUAAAUCUCUGGUGUACAGUAUAUGGAUGGCAGCCAAUCAAGACCGCUCAAAAGCAGAGGCUCGAUUGAUCCAGCUUGGUUAUUUUCCUUUUAUCAACCGUGCAAACACAGGAAACAGAGGUUCUUAUCAUAAUUCGUCAAACACUUCACCACACAGGCACCAACAAAGAAGCCAUGGUGGUGGUUCAAGAGAACAUUCUCCACACAGUAGAAAUGCUGCAAAUCUGUCUCCACACCAUUCUAGUUCACCAAAUCGCUCCCCAAGACAACUCUCUCCAAAGACAUCUCUUUCACCAAGCAAAUCCUCUUCCCCCAGAAGAAGUCCAUCUCCAUCUGCUCAACUUGCAGCAGCUUCAGGUCCCAGUGAAGCAGAAAAAGAAAGGUUAAUUGAGAAGCUUGUCUCACAGUUUCCCCAGCAACCAAGGACUGUUAUUGCUGCUGCUCUUGAUGUUUGUAGCUACAAUGAAGUACAAACAACAGCAGUGCUGCAGGCCUCUGAAAGUGAUGACCGACCCCAACAAAGAACCACAAGUGCAACAUCAUCUCCUGUUCAUCAGCAGCAAGAUGAUAAACAUUCCCAUCCAAAACCAUCAAACAGUAAAGCAGGGGCAAGCUAUGAGCCUGUAGCAUUCAAUGAAAAACCAAACGGGUCCACCUCAUCUAGCACUUCAAGAUGUCUGCGAGCUACUUGGCUCAAUUUACUUUUUUACCCUGUUAACAGUGUACGUGAUGCCAUUUCUUGCAAAUCUCCAGUGGAUGAAGACAGCCCUGAAAGGAUAUCCAACAUGCCUUCGGUGAUAAAUGACUACCCUUCAAAACUUCCCACAUCACAGGCCAGGGCCAAACAAGUUACAAGGCUCAGCGAGCAGCUACUAAAUUCCACCACUGACAUGUUGUGUCACAUAGCCAACAGUUGCUGCAUUGGGGGGACAACGGCAACUGUUGCAAGCCUAGCAAGCUGUGGCAUUACUGGUGAUGGAGGAGGUGGGAAUGGAAUUACUACUACUGCUACUACUACUACUGUUGCUGCAGCUGCUGGUGAUGGUGAUCAGAAAGUUUCGGGACCAAAGUUCUACAGCAAAGAAGCUCCAGGAACCAAAAGCAAGGAUCUGGCGAGCAUGAGUAAAUGUGAUACAGUGGUUACUUCUGAGAAGCAGGUGUACAUGUCUCCUUAUAGAAUGCAAAAUGCUGGCCCCAAUACAGGUUUAAGACUUGGACCCAUGGAUAAAAACCUCUUACCAUCUUAUGUUGGAGUAAAAGGACCAAACCCAGAGAAUUUCAGGGGUCCAGAUGCUAGUUUAGUAAAAGGUUCAGUGAAGGCUCGAGGAGCUGACCCACUCAACAGUGGCAAAUAAACCAACUUCUCUUUUAUUGAAAAAUGCUAGAAUCAAAACAGUGGAAAAGUACUUACAUUGAAGAACUGAAUAUCAAAUAUAACUUAGCAAAUAUUCAUUUAUUGUACUAAAUACUUAAAUUGGUUGUUUCAAUGAAACUUUUAAUGCUUGAGGAAUUUCUAGUCCUUUAAAGCAAAUACAAAAAGUAACUGAAUCACUUUCUUCUCAUUUUAUUCUCUUUUCUUUUAAAUAAUAAAAUAAGUUUAUGGCUCAAACUAAUUGAUUAGUUACAUAAGUUACUGAAUAUUUAACUAAUGAAAUUUUUGCUCUUCAAAUUUUUUCCUUUGCAUUUCAAGUUAUAUGACCUUAAAUGUAUGUGUGUGUGAAUAUAUACAUAUAUACCCACACAUAUAUGCACACUCAUACAUACAUACAUACACACACACAGACAUAUAUAUAUAUAUAUAUAUAUAUAAAUAUAUAUAUUCCUAUGUAUCUUACAUAGGUAAUCCCUCCAUAAAAGAAAGUUGAACAUAUUGUAUAUAGCUUGUUGAAAAUGUUUUAUGAAAUGCUUUUUAUUUAUUUCUUUUUUUCUAUCAUUUUUAAAGUAUUAUUUAAAUGUAAUUAUUAUAAAGAUAUUUCACUUGAAAUUUAAAAAAAAAAAAAAUUUUAAAAAGUGACAAGUCUUUCCAGUGAAAAACAAAAAUUAUGAAAAACUACUCUAUUUAAUUCUUCAUGAUAUUCAGUGCCUGUGAAUUGGUUUAAAGAAUUGGGUUCGCGCUUUAUUGUCUUCUAUGUCAGCUACUGAUGCUUGGUCUGUAGCCAGAACUAUUGAAAUAUCUAUUGAUUUCUUGUUGUUUUUAAUGUACAUAUCAAAGUAAAUUUGCCUGGGAGGAAGAGGAGACAGAUAUUAAGUGGAUCUGAAGAGUUAAAAGGUUUAUUGUGCUCUUCUUUAAACCGCUAUCAUUGCACAACAAAAAAAAUGUUUAAUUUUUAUUGAAACUUUUUCAUCUUCUGUUUUUAUUUUUUUAUCCCAUUCAUCACAAAAUGUCUUUCUAUUCAUUUAAUAUAUGAAGACAUUUAUAUCUGCUCAAUUCUUAUACAUCAUAAAGAAAACUUUUUCUUUAUUUAAGGGCCUGUUACUAAAACUUAUAGAUAAGUAUGGUUUGUGAGAAAGUGUGAAGCAAUACAUAUAUGUGCAUGUACAUCCAUGCAUAUAAAUAUAUGCAUUUGGGGAAGAUGUUUGUAUGACAUAUAUAAACCAGCUCCAUACACAAGUGAAUCAUAGACAUUUACUGUCCCACCACAAUAAUAUUGGGCACAAAUACUUUACUUGACAUCAAUUUCUAUAUUAACAGCUCAUCACAACAUAUGUUGAUAAUACUCUUGUUUUCAGCUUUCAGACAUGUUGCUGGUUCAUUUUUCAUUGAUACUAAUAAUGUUGCUUCAAUUAAUAUUACAGUUAUAAUCCAAUAACUACCUACAUGUAGAUGGAUUUACCAAUAUACAAAAUAUCCAGUUCUUGUUAUAUAGAAUAUACAGAGUAUCCACUGUUGGUACCAUGAUUUCAAGGCCUUUUGUGCAUAUAUGUAUAUACUCAUCUUAUUCUCAACUUGAAAAUCUUCAAAAAUACAAUAUUAAGCUGUUAGUAAUUUGAAACAAAUAUGUUUAGAAAGGAAUUUUAAAAAAAUAAGAAAACCAGAAUGGUUUGCCUUUGAAAUGUUGUUGUUGGUGGUAUUGUAAUGUCAAUUUAUCUCUAUGCAUAAAAAAAUAUUUAAAGAGUUGAAUUGUUUGAAAAAAUAAAUAACUAAAACUCAUUAUAAUAAAAGUUAAAUGAAAAAAAAUGGAAGCUUCCUAUAUCUUUUAAGUCAUAUAAAUUGUUACAAUUUCUAUAUUUUUCAUUGAAAUAUAGAAAAUCUUGGGUUUUUUUAAAUUUUGAGUUUGUAUGAUAACAAGUUUGUUAUUGGUUGUAGUUGUUAUGAUUGAUAUUUUAGUGUGUUCAGUUCAAUAAAUAUAUAGAACUGAAGAUAUGUAUCAAUAACUAACAUUAAAAUGUUUUGCUCUAUGAGACACUCAUUUUGUUCUCAUAUUUGCUAAAAACUUGCAAACUGCACCGUUUAUGCGUUUUUCACAUUUUUACUUGAUUUGAAGACUAUAUGCAUGAAAUUGCUCAGACAGUAUGCAAAAGAAGAAAAGAAAAUUUGUUGUUAAUUCUUUUCCCUGCCAAUUGCAUAUUUAUAGAAUAAAUGCUUAACAAGUU